CCCGUUUGGGUUCGAGCAAUCACCCUUUAUAGUUCGCAGCGCAUCCCACCAUGACGGAAGCUUGUGAAAACGCCGUACUCCAGUACCUCUCGACGUCUUCGGACGCGACGAUUGAGGAUACGUUUCCGUGGUCAGCGUCUCAAAACUUGGAUCAUCUGCGAGUGAUUGGAGCCGUCAAAUCGUUGCAUACCGAAGGCUACGUCGCAACCGACGAACUUGCCACAAGCUAUUUCGAACCCUCCAAAGAGGCCUUGCAAAUCCUCAAGGACGGCUCGCAAGAGAUUCUAGUAUUCAAGGCCUUGACUGAAUCUGGAAAAUUGAGUUUGCCCGAAUUGCAGGCCAAAGUGGGUAAGGAUGUCGCCAAAAUUGGUAUGGGAAACUGUAUGCGGAGCAAGUGGAUCCAAAAGGACGGUGGAGAUCUGGUGCCCACGAAGCAGUUCGAGGAGGUGAACGAUGAAGUGCAAGACGCUUUAAAAGCGUUGGAGCUAGGAAACUAUGCUCAGGAUUCGAUUGAUGAAAAGUUGACGCAAGUCUUAAAACGUCGCAAGCUCAUUACGCUCAAGACGCUCAAAUCCUUAAAGGUCGCACGGGGUGCAUCCUACGCACCGGAACGCGUCAAGAAGGCUGCCGAUUUGACCAAGGAAAUGCUGGACUCGGGUGCCUGGAAGACGACUCCGUUUAAACCCUACAACUUUUCCACACUAGGCGAGAAGGUCGGCGGUGGCUACUUGCAUCCCCUCCUCAAAGUGCGUGCCGAAUUUCGCAAAAUUUUGAUGGAAAUGGGGUUUGAAGAAAUGCCCACCAACAAAUGGGUAGAAAGUUCUUUUUGGAAUUUCGAUUCCCUCUUUCAGCCCCAGUCCCAUCCAGCACGGGAUGCGCACGACACGUUCUUCAUCAAAGAACCUGCACAGACAAUCUCGGUUCCGGAAGAAUACUACGAACGUGUCAAGACUAUGCACGAAUCUGGUGGCUCCGGCUCGAUCGGGUAUCGCUAUGAUUUCAAACGGGAGGAAGCCAUGAAGAACUUACUGCGGACUCAUACCACUGCUGUCUCGUCGCAGAUGCUGUACAAGCUAGCCAACCAAGAAGGAGGAUUCCAACCGGCGCGAUACUACUCGAUUGACCGUGUGUUCCGGAACGAAACGAUGGAUGCCACGCAUUUGUGCGAGUUUCAUCAGGUCGAAGGAUUAGUAGCCGAUUACGACUUGUCACUAGGGGAUUUGAUUGGUACCAUUGAAACGUUCUUCAAUAAGAUCGGAAUCACGGAGCUGCGUUUCAAACCUGCGUUUAAUCCUUAUACGGAACCAUCCAUGGAAAUUUUUGGUUAUCAUCCAGAUUUAAAGAAAUGGACCGAGAUUGGCAAUUCGGGCAUGUUCCGGCCAGAAAUGUUGGCACCCAUGGGUUUACCAGAGAAUGUGCGCGUGAUUGCGUGGGGUCUCUCGUUGGAGCGCCCGACCAUGAUCAAGUACCGCAUCAAGAAUAUCCGUGAUCUCUUCGGACACAAGGUGGAAAUGGCCCGUACACGAACGGCUCCGAUCUGUCGCUUCGACGCGGUAGCAAAGGAUUAAUGUAACGUAUCGCCGCUCGUAAAGCAAAGUGAAAGAUAAUAAUUUCUAAAGAAAAUAAACAGACGUU